AUGUUUAACAGUACCAUUUACUUUUCUUUCCAGGACACACUGCGCUCCAAAUGCUCUUCUGAAGCUGAAUGUGAUAAAUACUGUUGCAUGAGCAAAUACACAGCACCUAUUUUCUUCGUUACCUUCGUACUGGCGGCUCAGUUUGUGUUAGUUAAUGUUGUCAUUGCUGUACUUAUGAAGCACUUGAAAGAAUCUAAAGAAAAAAUUGCAGCAAACAUGGCCGCCAAAGACUUAGAGAAGAAACUCAAGUUAUUGACUUUAUCGGCAAAGAAUUUCAUCAAAGGAAAAGCAAGGAAAAAUGACUUGCCCUCAAUUUCAAGACGACGUUCCAUAGUGCAGCUGGGUUUAGGUGGAAUAGAACUUGCUCAGUUGAAAUAUUGUGAGCCGGAAAAUACAAUAGACAAAUCGUUUAUGACAGAAUUUUCUAGAGCUGAUGCAAUUUUCCAAGAAUAUAUGCGUUUAAAUGCUAAUCUUCAAAAGGCUAAGAUGAAGAUCGUCCGUACCUCCUCGCACAAUACUGUUGAAGUAAACACGCCUUCUACGGAGACGCACUCUUUGCGAAAAAGGCGUAAUAGCAUGGGUGGAGUAAGGGAACUUCAUAAGAUCUCUACUCAUUUAAGUUCAUUUACUGUAUAUAAGUCAGGCGCCAAACUGUGA